UACGUCCUGGGAGUGAUGCACUGGCUUCCCCUGGUUGCCAUGGUGAUUGCCUCGGCCCUGCCAUUCCCGCACGACCCCGCGUCCAGGAUUGCCGCCGCGACGACGACGACGGCGACGCCGGAGCCCGGCUUGGACCCCGCCGCGGAGACCCGCCAUGACCCGGCCGCUCGCCCCUCGCAGACGGACUACGGCGCGCCGGCCUCCCCCGGUCGCCACGGCGACAGACGGAGCCCCCGAAGCCGCGGGGGUCACGCGAAACCCUCCGCGGACGGGGAGGCGUCCGCGCUCAGAGGGGCGGACCGAUCGGACGCUCCGACGGAAGGGGGGACACUCGGGGCCGAGCGUGUCUCCCGGGACGAUUCUCCCCCGGAGUCCUCCAGCGGCGUGGACCAGAGGACCCAGAAGGUCGCCGCCGGUCCCGCGGGUCCACGAGGGCCGGGCCCCACGGUUCCCUCGACGAGGCCGAGGGACUCCCCCUCCAGCUUGAACCUGGAGGCCGGGCUGGACGAGAUGUUUCUGGACGCGCAUCCGCGGGUCCUGUUCUCCCCCUCGCCGUCGCCCCCGGAGCACCCGCCUCUCCUGCUCAUGCUGGAGAGCGGCCUGCUGGAGGAGGACGGGGACGGCGGCGAGCAGGACGACAUGCACGUCGAGGGCCACGGGGACCGGGCCAUCGACAGGACUCCGAGCUGGGCGGACUCCGCGGGCGGCGGCGGCGCCGAGGCGGCCCGUCCCGCCAGGAGGGACAAGCGCUCGCACCCGAUGGAGCGGCGGCGCGGGGAGAAGUCGGUGUGCGAGGCGGAGAGCGCCUGGGUCACCGACAAGAAGACGGCCAUCGACUCGCACAGCCAGAACGUCACCGUCCUGCAGGACAUCCAGACCCAGACGGGCCCGCUCAAGCAGUACUUCUACGAGACGCGCUGCCGCGAGGCCGAGCAGUUCGGCAACGGCGGCCGUCCGAGGGUGGCGGGCGGCGGCGGCGGCGCGGCGGCGGCGAGGCCCGCUGGGACGGGCGUGGCCGGCGCCGGCUGCCUGGGCGUGGACAGGAAACAGUGGGUGAGCGAGUGCAAGGCCAAGCAGUCGUACGUCCGGGCGCUCACCAGAGACGCCAACAACCGGACCGGGUGGAGGUGGAUCCGCAUCGACUCGUCCUGCGUCUGCGUGCUGCUGUCCAGAGCCAAUCAGGCGGCAGGGAGGGAGGUCUUAACGAGGCAGGGGAGAGGCUGA